CUCUCGCUUAGGCACCCCAACAGCGCACGGGGUGAUCCGGCACUGCGAUCUUUCCUCCUGUCAGGAAAGGCUCGUCCAAUUGAAGGCGGCAGGCUUCAAGGAGGGCGCAUGCUCUGCAGAGGCGGCGCCCUCGGCCAGCAGGUGGUGCUGCCCGCUCGAGUCGCUCGCCCUGCGCCCGAGCGCGGAGAAAAGUUGGGGGAGAGAGAGAGAGCCGGGGAAGGAGGAAGAGGGCGGCAGCGCGGUUUGCGUUUGCCAGAGCAGCGAGGAGCGCCUCGGCAGCGCGUGUGCAUGUAGGGGGUGCAUGCAUGCCGUGGAUGCAUGCAUGCAGGCGUGCGUUCCCCUUCUCUCUCUAUAGGAUGUACCGCCGAACGGUUGGCUCUUCCCUGUAGGCACGCGUCUGGCUCGCCCUUGCCUUGCGAGAAGCGCUUGGCACGAGUAGCAGCUGCCGCUGCUUCUCUUCUCUUUCCCUCCGGUCGGCGUCCACGCGAUCCAGGAGGCUCCUGCGACAAGGCUCGCGUCUUUCCCGGCCGCCGCUACAGCUGCCGUCUGCCUUUUCCUUCCCUUCUCCGGUGGGAAGCCUCGAUGUGCUGCCGCCAAUGGCUGGGGCACAGCCAGGAGUCCACGCUCUCCAGCUCCAGCCGGUCCGGGUCUCGGCUAGCCUCAAGAAGGGCUCCACCUUCGUCAAGUGGGACGACGAUUCUACUAGCGUGACAAUGGUUUUUGUCAGAACAGACCCACAUGGAUUUUUCUUAUACUGGACAGAUCAAAAUAAGGUGCAGGAAUCCGAACUGUUAGAUGUCAGCUUUGUGAAAGAUGCUCGAUGUGGGAAACAUGCCAGAGCUCCUAAGGAUCCAAAACUACGCGAACACCUGGAUGUAGGAAAUGCAGGAGGACGACUGGAAAAUCGAAUGCUUACAAUUGUGUAUGGCCCUGACCUGGUUAAUAUAUCUUACUUGAAUUUAGUAGCCACUCAGGAAGAAAUAGCAAAGGUAUGUUCGGCUUAG